CUCACUCUUGCAGCUCUCCGGUUCAGGAUGUUCCCGAGAAAAUACCCAAAGGCCCCAAGAAGGAGUCCCAGCUCUCGCUGGGCGGCCAGCACUGUGUGGGAGAACCAGAUGAGGAGGUGGCUGGCGCCUUCCCUGUCUUCAUCCGGAAUGCUGUCCUGGGCCGGAAGCAGCCCAAGAGGACCAGGCCAGAGCCCUGUCGCAGCACAGAUGCUGUAAGGACAGGCUUCGAUGGUCUUGGAGGCCGGACAAAAUUCAUCCAGCCUACUGACACAACUGUGAUCCGUCCACUGCCUGUUAAGCCCAAGGCCAAGGCUAAGCAGAGAGUGGGGGCCAAGAGAGUGCUCCCUCCCUCCCAGGCCAAGCUGGACACCUUCCUGUGGUAGUGAGAACAAGGAACCAGGAAGCUGUGACUAGCAGCGUCCUUCACUCCCUUAGUCUCAGUGCCUGUUUGCACUAGCCACGGCUGGGCACUGUCCUCUGCUGCCACCGCCUCCCACAGAGACCCCAUCUAUAAGCACUGCAGCCUAUUGUCCAGCCCCACACCUCAGGAUGGAUGUCCUGGAGACCUCCAAGUUGCUGGAUGAGGAGCUGUAUUCACGGCAGCUGUAUGUGCUGGGUUUGCCGGCCAUGCAGAGGCUUCAGGGGGCUAAGGUCCUGCUCUCAGGUCUUCAGGGUCUGGGGGCUGAGGUGGCCAAAAACCUGGUCCUGAUGGGUGUGGGCAGCCUCACUCUGCAUGAUCCCCACCCCACCUGCUGGUCUGACCUGGCUGCCCAGUUUUUCCUCUCAGAGCAAGACUUGGGAAAGAGCAGGGCUGAGGCAUCUCAAGAACGUGUGGCCAAGCUCAACGGAGCUGUCCAGGUCUGCGUCCACACAGGCGACAUUACCGAGGACCUGCUGCUGGACUUCCAGGUGGUGGUGCUGACCGCCUCGGACCUAGAGGAGCAGCUGAAGGUGGGCACCUUAUGCCAUAAGCACGGAGUCUGCUUUCUGGUGGCUGACACUCGGGGCCUCGUGGGGCAGCUGUUCUGUGAUUUUGGGGAGAACUUCACUGUGGAGGACCCUACAGAGGCAGAACCUCUGACAGCUGCCAUCCAGCACAUCUCCCAGGGCUCCCCCGGCAUUCUCACUCUGAGAGAAAAGGAUGAUACCCAAGACUUCCAUGAUGUGGAUUUGGUGACUUUCUCCGGCAUUGAGGGCAUGAUUGAGCUCAAUGGCUGUGCUCCCCGGCCUAUCCGCAUGCAGGAGGAUGGGACCUUGGAGAUUGGGGACACAACAGCUUUCUCCUGUUACUUGCGUGGCGGGCUUGUCACUGAGGUCAAGAGACCCAAGACUGUGAGCCAUAAGCCCCUCGAUGCAGCCCUGCUCCAGCCUUGUGUGGUGACCCGGGAAGUUCACCGUGCCCACAGCCUGCAUCAAGCCUUCCGUGCACUGCACACGUUCCAGCACCUCAGCGGCCGCCCACCCAAGCCCUGGGAUCCUGUUGAUGCAGAUAAGGUGGUGGACCUGGCCCGGGCCCUGAAACCACUGAGGAGGACAGAUGGAAUGCCAUUGGAAGAGCCACUGGAUGAGGCUCUCGUGCGGACAGUCGCCCUGAGUAGUGCUGGUGGCUUAAGUCCCAUGGCAGCCCUGGUGGGCGCAGUGGCCGCCCAGGAAGUGCUGAAGGCUGUGUCCAGGAAGUUCAUGCCCCUGGACCAGUGGCUGUACUUGGAUGCCCUUGAUUGCCUCCCAGAAGAUGGGGAGCCCCUUCCCAAACCUGAGGACUGCUCACCGAGAGGCUGUCGCUACGAUGGGCAAAUCGCAGUGUUUGGGGCUGGUUUUCAGGAGAAGCUGAGCUGCCAGCACUAUCUCCUGGUGGGUGCUGGUGCUAUCGGCUGCGAGCUGCUCAAAGGCUUCUCCCUAAUGGGCCUGGGGGCCGCGAGCAGCGGGGGCGUGACUGUUGCCGACAUGGACCACGUUGAGCGCUCCAACCUCAGCCGUCAGUUCCUCUUCAGGCUUCAGGACGUUGGUAGGCCCAAGGCAGAAGUGGCUGCAGAGGCUGCUCACCGCCUCAACUCAGAUGUGCAGGUAGUCCCGCUCACCUCCCCUCUGGAUCCCACCACAGAGCACAUCUACGGGGAUGACUUCUUCUCCCGUGUGGACGGUGUGGUUGCCGCCCUGGACAGUUUCCAGGCCCGGCACUAUGUGUCUACUCGCUGCAUCCACUAUCUGAAGCCACUGUUGGAGGCGGGCACCCAGGGCACCCUGGGCAGUGCUUCAGUAUUCAUACCGCAUGUGACUGAGGCCUACGAAGGCCCCACCUUGGAUUCUGAGGAUGCCCCCUACCCUGUCUGCACCGUGCGGUACUUCCCCACCACAGUUGAGCACACCUUGCAGUGGGCCCGGGAUGCGUUUGAGGGGCUCUUCCGUCUGUCUGCUGAGACCAUCAACUGCCACCAGCGGGCACCUACUCCUCCGGUAGACACAGAUGGGCCACAGUUGCUGACCCUGCUGCAGGUGGUGCUGGGUGUCCUGAGACAGCGUCCACAGACCUGGCAAGACUGUGUGGUGUGGGCCUUUGGCCAAUGGCAACUGUGCUUCCAUUAUGGCAUCAAGCAGCUUCUCAGGCUCUUCCCACCUGAUAAAGUGCUUAAGGAUGGAGCACGUUUUUGGUCGGCUCCCAAACUAUGUCCCCAGCCCUUGAAGUUUGACGCCAAUCAAGACAUGCACCUCCUCUACGUGCUGGCAGCGGCUAACCUGUAUGCCCAGAUGCAUGGGCUGCCUGGCUCACAGGACAAGCCUGCACUCAGGGAAAUGCUGAAGUUGCUGCCACUGACUGGCCCCCAGCACCUGGCUUCUGCUGAGCUUGGCCCUGAGCAGGUACAGGAACUGCGUGAAGCCCUGCAAGUCUGGAGUGAGGGCCCCGCCCUGCAGCCCCUGAGGUUUGAGAAGGAUGAUGACAGCAAUUUCCAUAUGGACUUUGUGGAAGCAGCAGCAAGCCUGAGAGCUCAGAACUAUGGGAUCCCACCAGCCAACCAUGCCCAGAGCAAGCGAAUCGUGGGUCAGAUUAUCCCAGCCAUUGCCACCACUACAGCGGCUGUGGCAGGCCUGGUGGGCCUGGAGCUGUAUAAGGUGGUGGGCCCACCACGGCCCUGCAGCGCCUUUCGCCACAGCUAUCUGCACCUGGCUGAAAACUACGUCAGCCGCAGGAUCCCUAGUGCUCCAGCUGUCCAGACGUUCCAUCGCCUGAAGUGGACCUGUUGGGAUCGUCUGAAGGUGCCGGCAGGGCGGCCUGAGAGGACCCUGAAGUCACUCCUGGACCAUCUCCAGGAACAAUACGGGCUGAGGGUGAAGAUGCUGCUGCAGGGCAAUGCCCGGCUCUACUCAGUGAAAUGGUCGCCUGAAAAACAGGCCCAGCGCCUGCCCCUCAGGGUGACGGAACUGGUGCAGCAGGUGACAGGCCAGGUGCCUAAGCCUGGGCAGCGGGUGCUGGUACUGGAGCUCAGCUGUGAGGGUGAGACGGACGACACUACCUUCCCACCCCUGCACUAUGAGCUGUAACAAGGCAGCAGCCCUACCACCCAGCACUGUCAAGCUCUCCAUCCUGAGCCCACAGUAGGCGCCCAAUAAAUACUUAUUGAAAGAAAGCAUUAAGUGGAGAGGAUCGG